AUGGCCACUGCUCGUCUGCCAAAUGAUGACUUUUACAAAAACAAUGAUGAUAAGUCUUUGGAAAUAUUCUCAAUUAUUUGGCUCGAUGCAAAUGUAGACGUUAAAGGCGCUCGAAACACAGAAGUAAAAUUACGUUCGAUUAUUAAUCAUAUCAAGAAAUUUCAAGAUGUAAAACAAUGUCAACAAUAUAUUAAACAAGCAUCACAGAAAGAUCGGUUGGUAAUUAUUGUUAGUGGUCGAUUAGGACUAGAAAUAGUACCCUACAUUCAUCAACUUCGACAAGUUAUAUCAAUUUAUGUUUAUUGUAUGGAUAAGAAGAAUAAUGAGAAAUGGGCUUACAAAUUUUCAAAAAUAAAAUCUGUUGUUGUUGAUCUUGAUGAGCUCGUCUCCCAAAUCACAACAGAUCAUAAAAUUCAGAAAAAGAUAGAAGAACCAUUAUCAAUUAAUAUUUUCUCAACAGGUAUUAAUGCAGGUAAAUCAACAACAGGAGUUAAUGGACAAUUUGUUUUUUCUCAAAUUCUUAUUGACUGUCUUCUACAAUUAAAAUCAACUGAAAUAGACGAAAAUGAACUUAUUAAGCUUUGUGUAAAUGAAUAUGAAGGAAAUCAUACCGAAUUAAGUAAUCUUCGUGAAUUUCAAGAAUACUAUUUACCUGAUAAAGUGUUAUGGUGGUAUACAAAAGAAACAUUCUUCUACAAGGUUCUUAAUGCAGCUUUACGUACACAAAAUAUUCAUGUGAUUUUUCUAUUUCGAUCGUUGAUUUAUGAUAUUUAUCGUCAGUUGCAAAAAUAUCAAUGUAAGAACCUUAAACAAGAUAUUGCGCAGUUCAUUUCAGUAAAUUCAUUUUUCUCCACCACUGAUGAUCGUUCAACAGCUCUCUUUCUCCUUGGUGAUCUAACUACGCAGAUUGAUUCAGAACGAGUAUUAUUUGAAAUUGAUGCUGAUCCGGAGAUAGUCAAUACAAAGCCAUUUGCUAAUGUUAGUGAACAUAGUUAUUUUCCAGUUGAAUCAGAAGUUCUCUUUAUGAUUGGUUCUAUUUUUCGUCUUAAUAACAUUAAUCGUGAUGAUAAUCAAAUAUGGAUCAUUAAAAUGACUUUAUGUGAUGAAGAUGAACAUGAUUUGAAACAAGUUCUUAUGUAUAUGAAACAACAGAUUGAAAGUCGUGAAAUGAAUCUUCGAAUAUUAGGAAAUUUAUUAUGGGAAAUGGGUAAAUUUGACUUAGCUGAAACAUAUUUUACUCGUUCAUUGAAACAAAUUCCAUUGAAUGAUCCAUUACAUAUCAGUUUAUAUGAAGACCUUGGUAAAUUAGCGUCCCAGAGAGGUGAUUAUGAUAUGAGUAUGAAAUGGCGUCAAAAAUUACUUACAUUCAAAGGGAAAAAUCCAUUAGCUACCAAUGUUAGUGUUAAUAAAACAAACAAUUCUAUCGGACAAUCACUUCCUUCCAAUCAUAUUAAUAACAACACCAAAUGGAAACAACAUGGAAUCACUAUUGUUGGAGGAAAUGGACACGGCAAUCAAUUAAAUCAACUCUGUGGUCCUGAAGGUAUCUAUGUUGAUGAUGAUCAUCAAGCUGUUUAUAUUGCUGAUUGUUGUAAUAAUCGUAUUGUCAAAUGGAAAUAUGGAGCAAAGAAUGGUCAAGUUGUUGCAGGUGGAAAUGGAAUUGGAGAUCGAAGUGAUCAAUUGACUCUUCCAAACGAUGUAAUAUUUGAUAAAAAGAAUGAUUCUCUCAUCAUUUGUGAUCAAGGAAACAGGCGAGUGGUACGAUGGUCUCGUCAAAAUGGUACAAAAGGAGAAACAAUCAUUUCUGACAUUGAUUGCCAAAGUCUAACAAUGGAUAACAAUGGAGAUCUUUAUGUCUCUGACGGCUGGAAGAAUGAAGUGAGACGAUGGAAACAAGGAGAGACAGAAGGAACAACAGUAGCAGGUGGAAAUGAACAAGGAAAUCGAUUUGAUUGGGCUACUCAUAUCUUCGUUGAUAAAGAUCAUUCAAUUUAUGUAUCUGAUGGUGACAAUCAUCGUGUGAUGAAGUGGAUGAAACGUGCAAAAGAAGGGAUUAUUGUUGCCGGUGGAAAUGGUGAAGGGAAUAGUUUAACACACUUGUCUUUGCCUCAAGGAGUGACUGUCGAUCAUUUGGGUAAUGUUUAUGUGGCUGACUGCAACAAUCAUCGAAUAAUGCGUUGGAGUGAAGGAUCUUGCGAAGGUACUAUUGUUGUUGGUGGAAAUGGAGAAGGACGAAAACCAAAUCAGUUCACUCGUCCCACAGAUUUAUCAUUCGAUGUUGAAGGUAAUCUUUAUGUUACCGAUUGGGGUAAUCAUCGAAUACAGAAAUUUGAAAUUGAUCUGAAUUAA